AUGCAUUUCCGAAAGCGCCUGAAAGACUGGACGGCGACUCUCCGUCCGCCAAGAAACUCCGGUCUUGAUGUUUCUCAAGAUACAAGUACUGCAUCGGUGGUGUCAUCGCAAAACAAUGAUAUCUCAGUCCCUCAUGCUUGCCCCUCGAACGUUCCCAAUCCUAUCCCUUUAAGGCUCGAAGGGCUGUGGAAGAAAGCUUACUCGGACCUCCAAAAUAAGAACCCUGACCUACUUGCCCAGUAUGAAAAGAUCCUCCUGUCGAACGCGGAAUUGGAUGACUCGAGCAAUGAGAACCAAGGAGACAAUAUUGACAUUGAUCCUCGACUUGAGACUUGCGUAAAAAGGCGUCUUGAAGCGAUCGAAAAGUUACGGUGCAAGAUACGCAUUGGAGGAAAAGAAAUAGAAGUCAAGAAGCAAGUCCGUCGUGUUGUAGGGGGGAUACUGUCCGUGAAAGAUAUCAUUACCGCGGCAGUGAGUGCGGAGCCACAUGUCUCCAUAGCAUGGGCAGGCGUUUUGUUUUUACUGUAUCCGUUGGCCAAAUCAUUUGAUCAGGAUGAGGAUGCUAUGAACGGUUUUCAAGCUGUAUCAGACCUUAUGGUUCGGCAUGCAUUCCUGGAGAGAAGUCAGGCCAAAAUAUACUCGAAUUCCAGCUUCACGGUAGCCGACCCGGGUCAUGAUUUUGCUAAUUUAAUCAGAUCCAAAACGGUUGAGCUGUACGUUCUUAUACUUGAGUACCACAUGUCUCUUGCCACGCACUUCGAUCAUGCCGGGUUCAGGCGAUUCUUACACGACUGGACAGAGAUCGAUAAGUGGCACAGCAUGCUAAAGUCGAUCACGAGUCUCGAUGAGAGCAUUGGUCAGUAUUUGGCAACAUUCGCUGGAGAUGAUAUCCAAAAGAUCCUCAAGGAACUGGAGAAUUCACAACGGGUUGUAAUGGACUCACUCUCUGUGAUAAAGGAAAAUGUUGAGCUUCUCAAAUUGCUUCCGCUGGUCGGAGAGGCAACGUUUGGGUCCCUUGCUGAUCAAAACAAACCAGAAUGCCUCGAGGGCACCCAGACGAAAAUACUUCGUGAGAUUCAGACUUGGAUUGAGUCUCCGGAUGACUCUCAGAUAUUCUGGCUCAGAGGAAUGGCAGGAACCGGCAAAUCUACAAUCUCUCGUACCCUUGCUGCUGCGUGCCAGCAAGGCAAAUCACUUAUUCCCAACGGGCCCCCUCUUCCCGUGAACGUCUGUCUCGGUGCCAGUUUCUUCUUUGAUCGAACUAAGCCGGGGCGCAACUCCGUUGAGAAGUUGUUUCCUUCCAUAUCCAAUAAGCUAGCAUAUUCAUUCCCAGAUUCUAGAGACAAGAUAUGCCAAGCAAUUCUGGACAACCAAUCCAUCGGCAAUCAAAAUUUGCAUAACCAAUGGAGCAAAUUGAUUUCAGAGCCACUUUUGACACUCGAUAAGGAACUUCUCCUACCCGUGACACUGGUAUUGGUGCUAGAUGCACUUGACGAGUCUGUGUCUCAGGACCCCAAGGAGGCUGGGGAACCAGCCCAUGAUAUUGGAGGCGUCCUAACGCUUAUAACCACAGCAGAAAAGUUGCAAAAUAUUCGACUGAAAAUAUUCCUUACCAGCAGGCCAGAACUACGGUCUCAAUUUUAUGUUCCUUAUAAAGAAGCUAAUGUCCACGACUUUGAACUUCGAAAAAUCCCAGUAAUGUCCGAAGGGGCUAAUCUUCCGAAAGACGACAUAACCUUCUAUUUGGAGCAUCAGGUUAAGCGAAUUGUAUCCCAAGCCACCGUCAACUACUCUGAGUCGCUAGCAAAAUCUACCUGCUGGCUCAGUCAAGAUGAAGAAAGGAAGGUUGUCCGAGCUCUUGCCGAUAAAAGCGAUGGUUUGUUCAUUUAUGCAGCCACCGCAUGCCGCUUUUUGGAUGGGGUAGACUGCGACUUCGACGAUUUGCAAGCACGCAUGCGAGAAAUAUCUGGUUACAGCUCAGAAGUAGAUUCACCACAGGACAAUUUGGAUCAGAUGUACAACCAAAUCCUAAAAUACUCUAUAAUGUAUAGCUCGAGAAAAAUAAAGAGCGAGAAGAAAGAUUUCUAUGAGCUCUUUGAACGAAUGAUCGGAGCUGUUGUUGUACUAGCAGAGCCUCUCACGAUCGCGACCCUCGAAGACCUCUUGGAUUUUGCUGGAAAGGAAACCAAAACUCGAAGACUUUUGAACAGUUUAAGCUCUGUCAUAUCUUGUGGGGUCAGUUUUGGAUCACCUAUUCAAUUGCUACACAUGUCUUUUCGCGACUUUCUCGUUGGCCAACCCAACAGGAGAUGUCUCUACGAUGAAUUCUGCAUUGACCCAAGAAAGGCCCAUAGGGCCCUUUUCGAGAGUUGCUUAAAGCCGCUGUCGAGUACUCUGAAGCAAGACAUUUGUUCUCUUGAGGACCCAUCCUUCCUGGCCAAAGAUAUUGGUUCAUCUUUGCUGGACCGACAUGUUCGAGUUUCCGUCAGAUAUGCUUCUCAAUAUUGGUCGCAUCAUCUCCAACAAGCUGGAGUCAAGCUACUUGAUAAUGACUGCGUACAUGAGUUUCUCCAGAAGCAUUUUCUGUGUUGGCUCGAGGUCAUGAGCCUUCUUCAAAUGAUACCGACAGCUAUUGUUAACACCAUCCAGCUUGAAAGUUACUUUGCGUCCCUACCGCGCGAUGGGAGAGCCGGACUUCAAGAUAUGGUAUCUGACAUGAAGCGUUUCAUGCUCGCAUCCAAGAACGAAAUAGAAAAUGCCCCCCUUCAGGUUUAUCGUUCGGCACUCAUUUUCGCUCCGAAACAGAGCAUCUGCCGAAAGACAUUUCAGAGUUCGAUUCCAAAAAUCUACUCCAGAUUGCCUAAAGUGAAGGAGAAAUGGGAUCCUCUACUUCAAGAACUCGAUAACAGAGAAUCCAGCCAUUGUCUAGCCAUGUCUUCGGAUGGGAAGACUCUUGCUGUCUUGUGCGGGUACUGGAAGCGCUACAGGAUUAAGUUGUGGAAUAUAACUACAGGAACAUUGCUAUAUACGAUUGACUGCGGUGGGUGGCCUGAGUUUAUUGCGUUUCUUCCUGGUGACAAGCACAUUCUAUCCUCUGGGGGGUUGGAGGGUAUCCGAGUAUGGGAUAUAGGUUCAGGGAUGUUGCUCAGAACGAUCCUCUUUGGGAAAAAAGAUGCCUCCGAUGGCGGAUUGUGGGGACGGGCUCAGAGAGAUUCACUCUCAUCUCGAGGGUGCCUAGCAGUGGUACACCCCAAUAAAAUGACCAUUGGUUUGACCUAUGCAGCACAGGGAACACUGAAAAUGAUUCAUGUUUCUACCACAGUAAAGACCAUCGCAUGGUCUGCAGAUGGAUCCACCUUGGCAAUUUUUCUAACUAAUGGUAGCAUAACAUUCUGGGAUGCAAGUGAGUCCAAAUUCAUACAAUCGCUGAAUUAUAAUUCAGGGAUUGGGAAGGUAAAGGGCCUCAAUAUGACAUUCUCCGCUACUGGUGAAUUGUUGACAGAAACACUAUUGGAAGAUUGUGUUUUGCUUCAGCUAUGGGAAUGGAGGACGAAGACGUUAUUGUUGAAGAUAAUUGAUGAUUCGCUAGACUGGAAAGGCUGCAAGUCCCUCGACUCAGACACCAUAAUGCAUUUCUCCCCAAGCGAAAAGGCUGUAACAACCUGGCAUCGUUCCACAGGGCUUCAGAGAUGGGAUUAUGAGACUGGCCAACGCUUGGUGAAGAUCCCUACGCCCGAUUCGAAAGCUCGCGUUACACUCUCGCCAAGCGGGAAGAUAUUUGUUGUCGCAACGGCACAGGCAGAUCGCACUCCCAUCACUAAGCUUUAUGACUCGGCAACAGGCGAAUGUUUGACGAGUUUGAGAGGCAUUAAGGAUGACCCGAGCUUUGUGUUCAACUCAGAAAGUCGAGUUCUCAUAUCCGCUGAUAUGAAAGGGAUAAUUCGAGUUUGGGAUCUAUCUUCAGAUUUGAGAUCGGAACAACUUGCAGCUCCGCUGAAGUCUGACGGGAGGCUCAUUUUGUCCCAUGAUCAUCAAUUUGUACUCUCGGCAUCCACAAACCAUAUCUAUCUUUGGAAAAAUAGACCUGGCUCUCUUAUGCGGGUAGUCAGCAGGAAAGAUAUAGAAGGCCUUGCUGAAAUGUUUGGGCAAGUCCUGAUCAGGGACUACAAAGGUCCAAUUUUGACAAAUAUACAGACGGCAGUACAGGAAAUGAACACCAACCAGCUUUUAGAUGACCUUUUUCACGGCUAUUUCGUCGAUAAUCAGAUAAAGGAAAUCAGCUCAAACGGCAGACUUCUUGCAAAAGCUUGGUUCUCAACGGAAAGCGCUCAUUACGAUGACGAUAAUGUUUACAUCACAGUACGGGAUGUAAUCACUGGCGUCGUGGCUUCCGCCAUUCCUCGCGGAUACAAUGGAGAUCCUUAUCUGUCAUUCUCUCCUGACGGUAGGCUUCUGGCAAUUGGUCAUACAGAUAGGGAUUCCAAAGCAACAACCCUCGAAGUAUGGGAUGUAAUUGAAGGAGAUUUUCGAAUUCAACGAGCUACGGGUCUUCACGAGGAAUUAGAAGCUAUAAAGGUUCACUGGUCAGCCAACGGAACAAAAGUGGCAAUCGACUGUCCCAUCCCCUUUUGGAAGCAACGCAACAAGGCCCGCAUUUUCUUGUACGAUUUGGCGAAAGAUAACUCAGUACUUCUUGAGUAUCCGGGGGUCUGUGCUGCACUGUCCCCAGACCAGAGGCUGGUUGCGACUAGAGACCUCGAUGGAAGAAUCCUCUACUUGUGGGAAAACGUUGGAAACAAUCUAACUCUGCUUGGCCAGCACAACGGCAUGAACUUGAAGUGGAGCGUAGUUGGAUCAAAGAUGUUGAAAUUUGAAGGCGAUGAGGUGGUUAUUACACAUGAAAAUCGAAUUGACGUUAAAUCGUUUCUACCAAAGUGGGACUCGAGAACCAGUCGGCAGAUACAGGUGAAGAACGGCUGGAUUAUUUAUGGGUCAGAAAAAGUUCUCCUUCCUUUGCAGUACAGACCGCAUGAUGUGGUUGUAACUAAAGAAAAUGUUUUGGUUAUGAGGAAUGAGUCGGGUGAGGUUACGUUUUGGGAGUUUGCUGACGAGGAAGAGGAUUGA